UAAAUAAUGAUGUUCGAAAUCCAGCCUUUCCACCACUACCAUGGUGUCAUCUUGCUCUUUUCCUUGGCCUUCGCCACCUCAUCUUCUCCAUUCUUCUCAUAAUUUAUUGACCAGACCUGUUAUUUUUUAUAUGGGGUUUUCAGCUUCUUUGGUACAGGAGAGCCAGUGACAGUGAAAUGAGUAUGAGGAGUCUCACUUUUUGUCUCCUUCUCUAGUCUCCCUUUCUAAAUUCUUUAUCUUUUUACUGUCUACAUUCCCCAAUUUUGUCUCUUGAUUUAGAGGGACCCUCCUCAUCCUUUUAUUUUAUACUUAGUACUAGGACUUCCUUUUUUUUCCUCUCCACUGUGGAUUCAUGGGUUUUUCUGUGCAGCAGAAUGCAUCUGAACUGCUCCCAGCCCAGAUCAAAUCUGGCCUUCUCUGGUAGAUUUGAACUGUUUUCUCAAAUGGGUUCUCGCUAUUUUCUCUGAUUAACUAAGAAGUCAUCCAAGAACUGCUUUGGAUAAACAAGGGGGAGGAGAAGGGGACAUUAUUAAGCAGAUAAGAAGUGAAGUUUCUUGUUUUGGGUGUAUAAGCUAUGAAGGAUUUUCCUUCUUGUUUUGGGGAAAAUGGGGUUCAAGUUGCAGAUUUUUCAUCGUCAUCUUCAUCAACUGCUAAUAAAGCUGCUCAGAAUUUAGUAACUUCUGUUUAUCAAUGUCGAUUGCGCGGUAAAUCUUGCUCAAUAACUGUUACUUGGAGUAAAAAUUUGAUGGGUCAAGGCCUUAGUGUUGGGAUUGAUGAUAACACGAAUCAGAGUCUUUGUAAGGUUGAUAUCAAACCGUGGUUGUUCUCUAAGAAGAAAGGGUCGAAGAGCUUAGAAGCAAGUUCUAGUAAACUUGAUGUGUAUUGGGACCUUUCUUCAGCUAAAUUUGGAUCCGGGCCUGAGCCGUUGGAGGGCUUCUAUUUGGGGAUUGUUUGUGAGAGACAAAUUAUUUUACUGCUAGGAGACAUGAGAAAAGAAGCUUUGAAGAAAACAGGUGCCACCCCUGCUUCAUCUGGUUCUGUUCUGAUUGCAAAGAGAGAGCACAUUUUUGGUAGAAAAAUGUUUGGGACUAAGGCUCAGUUUUGUGACAAUGGCCCUGUACAUGAUCUCAUGAUUGAAUGUGAUACGACUGGCAUCAGCGAUCCAUGCCUUGUUAUCCGGGUGGAUACUAAGCCAUUAUUGCAGGUGAAGCGACUGACUUGGAAAUUUCGAGGGAAUCAUACCAUUUUGGUUGAUGGGAUUGGAAUUGAAGUAUUUUGGGAUGUUCAUAACUGGCUCUUUGCUACGUCACUUGGAAAUGCAGUUUUCAUGUUCAAGACUUGUGCGCCACCUGAGAAGUUAUGGGCUAGCCAACCUCUCUGUGAUCCACAGACAUUACAUUGGUCAUGGUCACAGAGAUUCCGAGAUACUCAGUCACAUAAUCUUGGUUUCUCUUUGAUAUUGUAUGCUUGGAAGAAUGAAUAGAAGAUUUUGCAUUCUUGGUUUGGUUGAGUGCUAACAAGACCCUCGCUGAGCUGUGAUUUUAUUGACUAUGAGCUUAUAUUAUACUUGAUUAUAUUUCUCCAUUUGUUUAAUAGCUUAUUUAGUACAUUAAGAAGUUCAAGAAAAAAAUGAGAAAAGAGAUAGACAACGUUCUUGUCAUUCCUUGUAAAUUCUUAAAAUUGAAAUGUCUGUCAUUUGAUCUUUAUUUCUU